UAAGUUUCAGUUCCUCGUCUGAAGCCAGUCAGUCGUCAGUGAAAUGGAGGCCAGAGCUGAAGUUCUCUCCUGUUCCAUCUGUUUGGAUCUACUGAAGGAUCCAGUCACUCUCAACUGUGGACACAGCUUCUGUCAGGUCUGUGUUGAAGGUUACUGGGACUCAGAAGAUGAGAGGAACAUCUACCAGUGUCCUCAGUGCAGACAGACCUUCAGACGGAGGCCUCUCCUGCAGAAGAACGUCAUGUUAGCAGAGUUAGUGGAGGAGCUGAAGAAGACUGGACUCCAAGCUGCUGACCUCUGCUAUGCUGGACCUGAAGAUGUGGCCUGUGACUCCUGCACUGGGAGGAAGCUGAAAGCCCUCAAGUCCUGUCUGCAGUGUCUGACCUCUUACUGUGAGCAACACCUCCAGCCUCAUCUAGAAGCUCCAGCCUUCAGGAGACACAAGCUGGUCCAGCCGUCCAAGCAGCUCCAGGAGAUCAUCUGCCCUCAACACGAUGAGGAGAAGAAGAUGUUCUGUCGUACUGAUCAGCAGGUCAUCUGUCACCUCUGUGCUGUGGACCAACACAAAGACCACCACAUUGUCUCGGCCGCAGCAGAGAGAAGAGAGCGAGAGAAAGAGGUGGAUCAGAGUCGAGGAAGGAUCCAGCAGAGGAUCCAGGAGAGAGAGGAAGAGCUGAAGCUGCUUCAUCAGGAGCAGGAGACCAUCAGAGACUCUGCUGAUAAAGCAGUGAAGGACAGUCAGGAGACCCUCCAGCAGCUGAUCCAGAACCUCCAGAGAAGAAUGUCAGAUGUGGAGCAGCAUAUCAGAUCCCGGCAGGAGACUGAAGCCACCCGAGUACAAGCACUUCAGGAGCAGCUGGAGCAGGAGAUCGCUGAGCUGAAGAAGAAAGAUGCUGAGCUGCAGCAGCUGUCACUCACCGACAGUCACUCGGUCUUUCUCCAGAACAGGUCCUCACUCUCAGAGGUCAGUGAGGACACGCUCUCCUCCAGGACCCACGUCCGUCCUCACUGCUGCUUUGAGGAAGUGUCAGCAGCCGUGUCAGCCAGCAGAGAGCGACUCCAGGACCUUCUGAGAGACACCUGCACCAACAUCUCACUCAUGCUCCGAGCAGAGCCCAAGACCAGAGCUGAGUUCCUCACGUUCUCACGGGACAUCACUCUGGAUCCAAACACUGCUCAGUCAUGGUUGUUGUUGUCUAAAGGAAACAGGAAAGUGACUUUCACGGGGAAAGAUCAGUCUCCUCAUCAUCCAGACAGAUUCACUCGUGCUCAUCAGGUCCUGAGUAAAGAGCCUCUGACUGGACGUUGUUACUUGGAGGUGGAGUGGAGUAGAGGAGCAGCAGUAGCAGUCUCAUACAAGAACAUCAGCAGAUCAGGAGGAGAAAGUAGAUUUGGAGAUAAUGACAAAUCUUGGUCUUUAUGGUGUCAGGACUCUGGUUGUUUAUUCACACACAACAGCAUCACAACUGAAGUCUCCACAGCUCCACCCUCCAGAGUGGGAGUGUACCUGGAUCACUCUGCAGGUCUUCUGUCCUUCUACAGCAUCUCUGAAACCAUGACCCUCCUCCACAGAGUCCACACCACCUUCACUCAGCCUCUACAUGCUGGGCUCAGGGUCUUGGUCUGGUCCUCCUCAUGUGAGAUCCUGAAGCUGAACUAAACCACAGUGUGAGUUGUGUCUCACAAACUCUUCCUGCUGGUUAUUGACUUCUUUCCUCUCCAGCAGUGUGUUUGUGUCCUUCUGUGUGUCAUGAUUGUUGGGCUCUAAACACUUGUGUCUGUGUGUGUGUAAUAAUGAUCUUGCUCUAUUCAUAUCAAUGUUCCCAAAGUGCUUUUACUGGCAAAACUGUUUGAACGUGGUUUGGAUUUCAGGUUUGUGUCUUGUGAGUUUCAGUCACUUACGUUGGAGCCACCUGAGUUUUGUGUAUCAAUGUUGUGUGUUCCUGAGAAUGUUCUUGUCGUGGAGUUGUGUUGAUGUGAUGGGCUUGUUGAGUUGUCGUCCAUGUUGUGCUGUGUGUUUGGGUUUGGCCU